AUGAUCUCUAAAGCUCUUCGACUUCGAAAAGAAGUUACUCAAUUUAUUCGUGAACAUCCAGACAUUCGAGAAAUACAAAUUCAGAAGGUCCUGAAGCCAUUCUGGGACCAUACCAACUCUGUCUCGAAACAUUGCCUAAGCAUCACUGAAAGCCUUCCAAUAUACUGGAGUCUUAAUGAUAUUCUUGACAAUAUCAAAAAUAACAAAGGCGACUUUCAAGAGAUUACUAAGGAGAUUCAAAAUGCUGUUGAAGGAGGAAUCCGGAAAAUGGAUAAAUUCACCAAGAAGAUGGAUUCCAAUAUUAUCUAUUACGUGGCUGCCAUUCUUAAUCCACAGGUUAAGACCUCCUUCAUCCAAGCUCAAAUAAGCAAGUCUGAUGCAGAUAUGAUUGUUUCUGAUAUACGUGAAUAUCUUAAGAAACAAUAUCCUGCAAGCCCUACCUCUUCCUCUAGCGCAGAGCGUCCACCAGAUUCAAGCCCUGAGAUGUGGUUUCAUAAUAUGAUAGAAGAUAGGGAUCCUAACUGGAUAUUGAAAUGGUGGAAAGCAAAUGCCUUUAACUACCCCCUAAUGUUAAAAGCUGUACAAGACUAUCUUCCUAUUCCAUCUGCUGAAGUAGGCGUUGAGAGAUUGUUUAGUAACGCACGAGAUGUUCUGGGUAUUCGGAGACACUGCUUAAAUUCUGAGAUGUUUAGAUGGCUGAUGUUCCUUAAGGGACAAUAUGGUAAAGAACGCCGGGACUCGGCAUAA